AUGCUGAACCCAUGGUUCAUCUGGAGCGCCGUCCAAAACACAGCAAGGUUAUCGACAGCUCUCCAGAUUCUGAUCUUCCUUCCUUUGACGCUUGCGACUAUCUCCAAUCAGGCCUUCCUUCUACUUUCACUUUUCCUGACGAUACAUUCCGUCAUCCAUGGCACCAUUAGCCUCCUAUGGGCUUCAAAUGCCCUUUCGGUGCUCCAAGUCCCAAUGCACCCGUUCCUCCUCCUCCUGUGCUUCAACAUAUUCUCGUCAUCGCCUCACCCAUGCCUUCUCACGGCUGCAGAUUGGUGGGGAACGCUGCUCACGAUGUCCGGCCCUCUUUUCAUCGUAAUGGAAGGAAUGUCGAGCUUGCUGGUCGUACAGAAGUUGGGUCAGGGAGGACGGCGCUUAGUUGGGAGGGGGGAGGCCUAUCAGUUUGGACUGCUGAUAUCAGCCGCUGUGGCAUAUGUUGCGUCGGCUUGGUGGAUUGUUAAUUCGUAUCCCACAGCUGCCUCCUCGCCUCUAUCUUCCACUCUCCUCGGGGUUGCCCUCACUGCCUUCUUAUUUAUAACCAUCAUCGGGUUUGUCCUGCGGCGUACGAACAUAAUCGAAUCGUCUGGACUAGCCCUUUUCCUCGCAUACAAUGUUUGGCUAUGUGGCUUUGACCAGAAGUCCUUCACAGAUCCGGCAUCAUCCUAUGCCCCUCUUUUGCCUAAUCUCAUGCCGCAUUUUCGAACUCUGCUCAACUUCGUGAUAAACACGCUUCCCAAACCAGUCCUUAUCGCGCUCCUAUACCGACUUACUAUCCUUCAUUUUGCCUCAAGAAUUCUGCCUACUAUUGGAGCGGACAGUUGGGAGUCUGAAGAGGGCGUGGACUCAACUUGGAAUGACAGACCUACGUCAACACUGACUCAGAUACUUUUGACUUACCGCCAAUCGAUAUUCAUAACCGUUUACUCCCACCUUCUGCUAUUGGAUCAUUCCUCGCAGAUUUGGUGGAGAUGGAUGAACAUAUUCUUCACCCUUGUCCUCUGGUCCAUAGAGCUCACAGUUAGCUCCGAGGAUGAUAUCGUCGAGAAGGAAUGGAAAAUUGAUUAA